UCCUGUCUGCGCGCCGCAUUAUAAAAGACAGUGGCGGAAGCGCGCACACGCGGUUUGUGUAGAAGCGCUUCUACAGGGCGACACGCAACAGCAUCUCACCAGCCACUGACCUCAACACAGCAGUCAGAAAGCAUCAUGGGAGGAGCAGUGGUGGAUGAGGGACCUACUGGAGUGAAGGCACCAGACGGUGGCUGGGGUUGGGCCGUGUUGGCUGGCUGCUUUGUCAUCACUGGCUUCUCCUACGCUUUUCCCAAGGCUGUCAGUGUCUUCUUCAAAGAGCUGAUCAGAGAGUUUGAUGUUGGCUACAGCGACACCGCCUGGAUAUCAUCAAUACUCCUCGCCAUGCUGUAUGGCACAGGUCCUCUGUGCAGUGUGUUGGUGAACAGGUUUGGCUGUCGACCGGUAAUGAUGGUUGGAGGGCUCUUUGCCUCGCUGGGAAUGAUUCUGGCCUCUUUUGCCACUAGCAUCAUACACAUCUACCUCUGUGCUGGAGUUAUUACAGGUCUGGGUCUGGCGUUGAACUUCCAGCCGUCUCUGAUAAUGCUCAAUCGCUACUUCAGUGAGAAACGUCCACUUGCUAAUGGCUUGGCGGCAGCCGGCAGCCCUGUGGCACUGUGCUGCCUCUCUCCACUGGGACAGAUUCUCCAGUACCAGUAUGGCUGGAGAGGGGGUUUCCUCAUACUCGGAGGCAUGCUGCUCAAUUGCUGUGCUUGUGGUGCCCUCAUGAGGCCCCUGUUGCCCCCUAAGAAGUCUCAGGAGCUGGAGGAGAGUACUCUCACAGAGGAAGAGAAGCCCCGGCCAAAGAGGAAACUUUUAGACUUCAGCGUAUUCAAGGACAGAGGUUUUGUAAUCUAUACCAUUGCAGCAUCUAUUAUGGUGCUGGGCUUGUUUGUGCCCCCUGUGUUUGUGGUCAACUAUGCUAAAGAGCUCCACUAUGAGGACACUCACUCAGCAUUGCUGCUCACCAUAUUGGGAUUUGUUGAUAUGUUUGCUCGGCCCCUGUCAGGACUGUUAGCAGGCAUGAAGUGUGUACGGCCAAGAAGUAUCUACCUGUUUAGCUUCGCUAUGAUCUUCAAUGGGUGCACCGACCUAAUAGGAUCACAGGCAAACAACUAUGCAGGUCUGGUGGUCUUCUGUGCCUUUUUUGGCAUGUCAUAUGGCAUGGUGGGAGCGCUACAGUUCGAGGUCCUCAUGGCUAUCGUAGGGACAGAGAAGUUCUCCAGUGCCAUUGGCCUGGUGCUGCUGAUGGAAGCUAUUGCUGUUCUAGUGGGCCCUCCUGGAGCAGGUCGCCUCUUGGAUGCCACCAAACAGUACAUGUACGUCUUCCUGUUAGCAGGCUGUGAGGUCACACUGUCAGCCAUUGUCAUCGCCCUGGGUAACUUUUGUAUCAGAAGGAAACAGGAUGAUCCAGAGGCUAAGAUGGAGAUGGUUGUGACUGCUGCAGAGAAGGAGGGACUGAACCACGGCGUGGAGGGUGAGGAAGAUGAUGAAGGUGAAAAGGAGCCAAGGGAAAAAGAGAACGGAAAAGCCAGUGCUUUGAACACUGGGGAGGAGAUGAUAAUGGUGGGGGAGGAGGGUGGAGAGGAGACCACUGAGACAUCACUAUGAAGAAUAAGACUAGAGAUGAGAAAAGACAAACUGUGCAUCAAGAGGCCACACAUAAAAAGUACUGAUGAUGAUCUGUGGCAAAGACAUGGAGUGAGGAGCCAUGCAGAAAGUGAGAGGAGAAGUAGUGUAAGAAAAGAUGGCUGAUAUUGCCCUCUAAAUUAAAAUCAUAGUUUGAUAUAAUGGAUACAAGAACUUGUUUAAAUCAGAUUCUAUACAUUAUUGUUAUCCUGGAUUUAUAUGAAGAUUGACUUCAGUCGAAAUGCUGCAGACAGAAUUAUUUGGGCAUGAAAAUGCCCCACUUUACUAGCAAAAUUUUUUUUCUGGUAAGAUAACUUGUCUAUCUACUCAGACACACACAGUAUGUGAGGCUAUCCUAUACUAAUUAGUUCAUCACCAAAAGGGUGCAUUUUAGAACAAAGAAAUUGACAGUUUUUUCCCCAGACAGAUCCUGUCUUCUCCAUUAGGACUUUAUAUUACUUUCAAUUUCCCUAAUGAUGUCAAAAACUUUGACCAAACCCCCCCCUUUAACUCAAGGUCUACUUACUGACUGUUUCUAGAGCUUUCACCCACAUCUCAGAACAUAAAUGAUCGAUGAUGUCUUCUUACUUUGGCAAGGAGACAUAUCCCUAUUAGAGAAGUUCUAUCAGUAUGUCUAUUAAACUUUGCAGGCCUCAGAUGUAAGUGUAAAUGUAAGCAUAGACACAGUAAAAUUACAACAAAGUAGUUAAAAAAAAACAGCAGCAGAUUGAUCUGUACACAAAGUCUACAGAUUGCAAUACACACAAAAAGUUUCCAUGUAUUUUUAAAGAAAGCACCAAAACAAGACGAGAAGCAGAUCUCCCCUCAUGCACUGCACUACUUAUACCCAUAAAAUAUUUGUGAAAAAAAAAUUAAGCACUGGCACAUUUUACAAAAUGACCCACAGAUAGACUUUGAACAGAAAACCAAUGACAACCUAAGAGAGGAAGGACCUUAAAGGACAAGAUUGUCUAAAUGGUUCCACAUACUGACAGACUGAAAAUUUUAAGUGUGGAAAUUGUGUCAAUUUUAAAUUGAACAGAAACCAGAAAAUAUCAUCCUUCCAGUCACAAGUGAGACUAGAAACAUGAACAACUUCAUCACCUGUAAAACAAAAAAUACAUGAUCAGCUGUCCAUGCAUUAAAACAUAUGUUGGUGAAAUGGAGUGCUCCGUUAAAGACAGGAUGACUGAACACAGAGGACCCUUCAAAAGAGGAGAUAUAGAACACAUAUAUCAUUUGAAUUAUUUCAUUUUUUGUGAUGGUAUUGUGACUGUAUGAUGUUUUUUUGCUAUUUCUUCAUUUUGUUGUGUACUUUUAUUUAGAAGUUUCUGUGCUCAUGCUUUGGAAGCUGGCCACCAAUGUGUCUAGAUCUCAUUGGAUAACUGAUAAGGAUUCAGCCUUCUUGUAGAGUAUAUAUGUUUUUACACAUUCUGUAAAUCAUGCUGAUGAUGGCCCUGUGCUGAAAUGUGUUCCUUAAAUAAAGAUUCUUAGUUUUUUUAAUAAAUGUUAUGACAGUGCAGCCCUGUAAGAGAGUCCCCCUGUGAUGCUGGGAGUGGAUAGCCACCUGUUAUCAUGACAACUUUGCAAACUCCAUUCACUAGCAAGGACAGUGAGAUACUCUUAAAAGCUCUGGAAAAAGCUAAUAAAUGGACCUUGUAUUAAGAAUAUGUCAAAUGAUAGCUCUCAAGCUCAAGAGAACACUUUCACACUUUCACUUUCAAAUGACGUACUUGUUUGUUGCACUGUUUGCUUUACUUAUUGAAAGUAUUUACUUACACUUUGUGUAACAAGAGAAAAGCUCAAAUUCGAAUACAUGCACCCUGGCAGCUGAACUGCAUACUGUAGCAAGUCCCAUUUUGUAGUUUGCUCCUUGAGUGCUGUGUGCCACUUUCUGAGACUUCACCUAGUUGCUAGCUAAUGUAUUUGUCUGUGGGAUACUUGAACUUGGAUUGUCAUCUCAGUGCAGCCUUGUAUACUCAGCUGAUUAAUUAUGUCCUACAUUGUCUUUAACUGUCCUGUCUACUUAAUGCUGCGGCACUGGUACCUGCUGUGUUGUGUGUUACAACUAACAUUUAACAAACACUAGAGAGGGAGCAUAAGUCCCUUGGCUGAAGAAAUGUAGCACACAUCUGCUGCACUUACACUAUUUUUCUGAGU